ACAAUGGCUUCGCUACAAACUCCACCAAUGAGGCCUGUGGCCCUCGUCCCUUCCCAAGCCUUUGAGAUGCCUACAAAGGUUUUGGUCAGAGUUUUUGGAUACAUGAACAUGAUGAUGGAAUUGUAUUUGGGCCUAUAUUCAUUGGGCUACAUACUGGAUAUGGUUGAUAAAGACAGCGUAAAGUAUGCCACAAUCCCUGGGACAAAAAGGAUGGACCUAUCGCUUUAUUCAAUCAUAUUCAGUGCUUCAAUCCUCUCUGUCAUUUUUAGUAUCGUAUUGAUCGCCGGCACAACAUUGGUUAAUCGCGCAUACGUGAAAACAUUUAUAGGAUACACCAUAAUCCACGCACAAAUAUGUAUAGUUUUAUUUUACUACGUAAACUUCGAAAUGAGCGACGUGCUUCAAAAUAGAUACAAGACAUUCAUAUUACUUAUUAUUACUAAAAUGUCACCCAUCGUGACUCUGCCACUCGUAUGUAUAUGCUACUACGAAAUGUCGAAACGACUCCCACGUGUCUUGAUACCCUAUUACGGAUUUGGACCUAGACUGAUCCCUCAAAUGCAUCGCAUUAGGAUUCCUCAAGAUAACAGUAAUAAGUAUGAAUUUCGUGUUUCUGAUGAAGUAUUGAAUGCAGCAGAUCCUCCACCGAAAUAUGAGUCAACUGAGGUACAAGUGUAAUGGGAUAAAGUACAUAAAUGGUAUAAUUAAUUAUUUUUUUACAGAUUGAAUAAUUUUGAUAUUUUUGUAUUUUAUAUUUUUAUAUUUUAUGUAGUAAUGCUUUAUAUAUUGUAUAAAACUUUAACUUUGUCAA